UAUUUUCCGCCUCCAGUUCCGUUGGAGUUUCGACAGCUCUAGGUACAAUGCCGAGAAAGCAUUAUUCAAAAAAUUGUAGAAAUAUAAAGAGCAGCGAUGAGAAAGAAAAAAUGGUGAAUAUUCAGCAAGAGAGAAAAUGUUUACGCGAAAUACUUGAAGAAAGAAAUAUGUACCAACCGCGAAUGCGCUUACAGGAAAUGCGCGAUUUGUGUUCUGCUGUUGAAAAAUCCGAGCAGGAGUAUAGUGCUACUAAUCAAUUCCCAAUUUUUACGGACGAAUUUUCCAUGUUGUCAACAGAAAUGCUAAGCUUUCAUCAGGAUUUCCUCCGUCAGUGUGAAUAUCAACAUUCGCUACAAGACACAGAGCCACCCGAGGAGCUAUUCCGAAUCGAAAAAGACACGUUUGAUGAGUUUCCGCUACCUUUGACCUCAUCGUCAUCUGAUUUUUUUUCGUCGAUCAAACAAUCCUCACUGGAGGAUAUCAGUAUGCUAAGCAUCACCGAAAAAAGUACUCCGAAAUGUGCCUGCGUUAGAGAGCAGAUUGAUACAAUGCUUCCGGAAGUUUUGAGCGAUGAGGAAAGCUGGUACUCACCCGGAAUCCCCGGCCCUUGCUGUAAAGUAGAAGUAGUCACACACGCAGAGAUACAUCCAGUUCCUUCGAAUAUUGAAUUUAGAAAUGAUUACUCAGCGGCAGUCAAAAAACAACGUUUUUCGGGAAUAGAAAAGCGUACAAAAAUCGAAUGGGAUUUGAUUGAGGAGUUAGUAUAAUUUUACGUUAUAAUUUUUGCAGGCGAUAGACAGUAUUUUGUUAGGUCAACCGGUUGCUGGAAAAUAUAUUUUGGAUUAUAAAGCAGCAAUUGUUUCAACAAGCUCUAAAAUUUGCUCUAAAUAUUUUGUUAUAAUUUGUUGAGUAGCUAAUAAAAGGAUAAAAAUCGUUA